AUGGCGAGAAAGCAUCAUUCCAUAGAGAACACGCUUCUCCACUUAAUUCGAGCUAUAUUUCUUAUCAUUUCUUCAUUCUAUUUUUUAUUAUUUAGAUCAAAUAGUAAAGCAUGGCAGCCAAAUAAAAAUUCGAGAAUCUGUAAUCUUCAUUUUGAAGGAAGUAAAAGAUCAGAGGACCCUACAACAGCUGCAUACAAUCCAACAAUUUUUCCAAGCAUUUAUCGAAAAAGAAAUGUUGAAAAUUCACAAAGAACGGAAAGAGUUAAAAGACAACAACGUAAAUUGCAGUUUGUACCCAGUGGCUCUACAAGUUUCGUUGAUAUAAAGACUGAUUCAGAUAUGAAACAGCUGGCUGGAAUCUCACUGUCCAUGUUUCAAAUCCUCUUAGCGUUUAUAAAACCUCUAACACAUGGACAACCGAAAUAUUACAAAGAGUAUUUUUCAUAUUUCUGCGUCAAGUAUGUCGACCAUUUUUAUAAUGUCUUAGAAACUUUACAUGAAAAUACUAAAACUUGGAUAUUUUGGCCAAGUAGAAAGACAAUUCGAUCCUCAAUGCCUUCUGUGUUUAAAAAUUAUCCUAACUGUCGAGCCAUCAUAGACUGUACUGAAAUUCGUACAGAUACUCCACCUUUACUUGACAAACGUGCCUUAAUGUAUUCUUCUUACAAAUCCGAUUUUACAGUAAAAUAUUUAAUCGGAAUAAAUCCAUUUGGAAAAAUUACUUUUUUAUCUAAAGGUUACGGUGAUAGAUCUACCGAUUGCUUCAUUGUGGUCGACCGGGCUUUAUCAACCUAGUAGAGCUUGGAGGUGAAAUUAUGGCCGAUAUAGGAUUUCCUACAAUAAAAAUUGAACUUUUCAAACGUCAGUGUGUUUUAGUAAUGCCACCAUUUGCCACAAACCUACAAUUUAUGAGGGAAGAAGUCAUAUAACAAUACAAAAUAGCCAAUGUCACAAUUCACGUUGAGCAUGCUAUUCAACGUGUAAAAAUUUUAGAGUAUAUAAACAUCGAAUUAUUACCUAAAUUGGAUAAAGUUAUGUAUAUGACAUGCGUUCUUGCAAAUCUCAAGCAAACAAUUAUAAAAGACAACAAUGAAAGUUUUGAAUCAUAUAUUUAAUACGAGAAAUGUAUAGAUAAUGAUGUAAAUUAACAAUU